AUGAGCAAGCUAAUUCUAAUUGCAGGUCUCUGUGUGAUCAUCUCAACCUUGGCUUCGUCUUCCAAACUGGUGUGUUACUACAACAGCUGGUCCGAAAAUAGAAUAGGGGAAGGGAAGUUCACGCUAUUAGAUGUUGAUCCAAACCUGUGUACCCAUCUGAUCUUUGCCUUUUCUGGCAUUAAUGAUGCCCAUGAGCUGGUCCCCAAUAACAGAAGUGACCUGCAAAGCUACAUAACUUUUAAUGAACUGAAACUUAGAAAUCCGAAUCUCAAAACCCUUUUGGCAGUUGGUGGCUGGACCUUUGGCACACAAAAAUUCAGCGCCAUGGUGGCAACAGCGGCCAACAGACAAAAGUUCAUCCUGUCAUCUAUCACACUACUGAGAACAUUCGGCUUUGACGGGAUAAACUUGGACUGGCAAUUCCCUGGAACACAAGGAGGCCAUCCACUGGACAAAGAGAGGUUCACUCUGUUGUGCGAGGAACUCCUAUGUGCCUAUGAGGAUGAGGGAAUAGAAACUGGCCGCCCCAGAUUACUAGUCACCGCUGCCGUGGCUGCUGACAAAGAAAUCAUCGAUGCCAGUUAUGAAGUUGCAAAGAUUUCCAAGUACCUGGAUUUCAUUAAUGUGAUGACAUAUGACUUUCAUGGCAAUUGGGACUGGUUCACAGGACAUCAUAGCCCUUUAUACAGUAGACCCCAAGACACUGGAAGUUUCGUUUACUUAAAUACUGACUUUGCACUGCGGUACUGGCAGGACCAGGGGGUAGCUGCUGAAAAGCUAAUUUUGGGAUUUGCUGCAUAUGGACGAACCUUUACCCUAUCCUCUUUAUCCAGUGAGGUUGGAGCACCAAUCAGUAAUGUUGGUCAUGCAGGCCUUUACACCGAGGAGGCAGGCCUCUGGUCCUAUUACGAGGUUUGUCUUUAUCUUGAAGGAAAAACAGUCCAGUGGAUUGAACACCAGAAUGUUCCAUGUGGCAGCACAGGAAAUCAGUGGGUUGGAUUUGACAAUAAAGAGAGCAUUUACGCUAAGGUCAACUACCUAACACAAAACAACUUUGGAGGAGUCUUUGUCUGGUCUCUCGACCUGGAUGAUUUUAAAGGGCAGUUCUGUAAACAGGGCAAAUAUCCCCUUAUCAGCUAUCUGCAUAGUCUUCUGGUGUCAGGACUGGAUAAAACAUUCUGCGUAGGAAAGCCCAAUGAUCUUUUUCCCAACCCCAAUGACCCAGGCUCUUUUUUCCAAUGUUUCAAUGGCAAAACCUAUUUCCAAGUAUGUCAGCCUAAUUUAGUCUUCCAAGAAAGCUGCAAAUGCUGUAAGUUUCCCAACUCAGGUGUGGAUCGUGAAUAUUAUUAUUAUUAA